UUUCAACACUUUGGAUACCAAAAACACAACAAACAAUGAAAGACACAUUUUUUUUUGUUUCAUUGAAAACACUAAUUUAGUUGCAUUAAAGCUGAUAUGUUACUAGUAAUACCAUUUUCGUACUAGUAAUAUUUUUACCUAUGGAGAGAGCUUUGACAUCUUUUCUGUUCACAUUGCUAUUCUUGUUGCUUCAAUAUGUUAUGCCUUGUUCAUCCACGACUAUUUUGACGGAUCAAUCGACUCUUCUAUCUCUGAAAUCCCAAAUUAUUUCCGACCCCUUUCAUUACUUGGAUGAGAGUUGGUCUCUCAAUAUUUCUGUUUGUGAUUGGAUAGGAGUAACCUGUGACUAUCGUUACCAGCGAGUGAAGUCGUUGAAUCUUUCCAGCAUGACUCUUACAGGGAUGAUUCCCCGGGAAUUUGGAAACCUCACAUUUCUUGUUUCUCUUGACUUGAGAAGGAACCAUUUCCAUGGAUAUUUGCCUCAAGAAAUGGCAAAUUUGCGUCGGCUUAAGUUUGUUCAUUUAAGUGUGAACAGCUUCAGUGGGGAGUUUCCUUGUUGGUUUGGGUUUUUAGACCAACUUCAAGUUUUAAAUCUUGCAAAUAAUCGUUUCACUGGUUCCGUUCCCUCGUCACUCUCGAAUGCCUCCAGAUUGGAGACUUUAAACAUAUCUUCCAAUUUACUGGAAGGAAACAUCCCGGAAGAGAUUGGCAAUCUUCACAACCUGAAUGUGUUGUCCAUGGAACAUAAUCAGCUUACGGGUUCUAUACCAUUCACAAUAUUCAAUAUUUCUAGAAUUGAACUCAUUGUAUUUUCAAACAAUAGCUUAUCAGGAAAUCUUCCUAAUGGUUUAUGCAAUGGUCUUCCAAUACUCAAAAGGCUUCAUCUAUCAAUGAACGAGCUUCGUGGCCAUCUGCCUACAAGCUUGUCAAAUUGUUCACAACUACAAGUAUUAUCUUUAGCAUUUAAUGAUUUUGAUGGACGAAUACAUAGUGAAAUUGGAAGAUUGAGUAACUUGCAGGGAUUGUAUCUUCGAAACAACCAUUUCACAGGGAUUAUUCCACAAGAAAUCGGAAAUCUUGUUAAUUUGGUGGAAUUACACAUGGAGGCAAACCAGAUUAGCGACUCUAUCCCGAUCUCCCUAUUCAAUAUCUCAUCGUUGGAAACUGUUUCACUAUGGAAGAACAAUCUCAAGGGAUCCUUACCACGGGAGAUUGGCAACUUAACCAAGAUGCAGAUUUUACGUCUUCACGAAAAUAGGUUUACUGGUGAAAUACCCAAAGAGAUCAGAAAUCUCGUUGAGUUGGAGUUUCUUAGUCUUGGGUUUAAUAGUUUUAGUGGUUCACUUCCAAUGGAGAUCUUCAACAUAUCAGGGAUGAGAGUAAUGGGUCUUUCAUUCAAUAAUCUAUCAGGAACUCUACCACCAAACAUAGGUUCUACCUUACCCAACAUCGAAGAGCUUUAUAUGAGCGACUUAACCAAUCUUGUUGGGACUAUUCCUCAUUCUAUCUCCAAUUGUUCAAAGCUGACUAAUCUAGAACUUUCAGAUAACAAACUCAGUGGCUUAAUACCCAAUUCUCUUGGAUAUCUGACUCAUCUACGCUUCCUUAACUUGUUGCAAAAUAAUUUAACCAUCGACUCCUCAUUAAGCUUCUUCACUUCCUUAACCAAUUGCAGAAAUUUAACAUAUCUUAUUCUAUCUAUGAACCCUCUAAAUGCCAUCCUUCCUGUCUCCAUGGGGAACUUCUCCAAAUCUCUUGUACAUUUUUAUGCCAGUGAAUGCAACAUCAAAGGAAAGAUUCCAAAUGAAGUUGGAAACUUAAGCAGCUUGUUAGACCUUCAUCUUUCUGAUAAUAACUUCAUUGGAUCAAUUCCUACAUCAAUUGGCAACUUGAGAAACAUUCAGCGCUUCAACUUGAGUAACAACAAACUUACAGGAUUUAUUGGAGAUCACAUUUGUAAAUUGCAGCAUUUGGGUGAAAUUUACAUGGGACAAAAUCAACUUUCAGGAUCUCUUCCUAAUUGUUUAGGGAAUGUUACUUCCCUUAGAUGGAUAUAUCUUGCUUCCAAUAAAUUGAGUUUCAAUAUACCAACAACCUUAGGGAAUCUUAAAGAUCUAAUGGUUCUUGACUUGUCAUCAAACAACAUGGUUGGUUCUUUACCUCCAGAAAUUGGAAAUCUAAAGGCUGCGACACUGAUAGAUCUGUCAAUGAAUCAAUUCACAAAUGGAAUUCCUACAGAAAUUGGAGGAUUGCAAAAUCUGGAGAUCCUUUCUUUGAGACACAACAAGUUGCAAGGAUCUAUACCUGACUCAAUCAGCAACAUGGUAGGCUUGGAAUUCCUAGACCUUUCUCAUAAUAAUAUAUCAGGAAUCAUUCCUAUGUCUUUGGAGAAACUUCAAUACCUCAAGUAUUUCAAUGUUUCUCACAACAAAUUACAUGGUGAAAUACCCUCGGGGGGUCCUUUCAAGAACCUCUCCAGUCUGUUUUUCAUCAACAAUGAAGCAUUAUGUGGUUUGUCAAGGUUUAAUGUCCCACCAUGCCCCACAUCAUCAACGCAUAGAUCAAAUAGGAACAAACUGCUACUGCUACUUCUUGUGCUGGGAAUAGCACUUGUAUUUGUUCUUAUUACCUUUGUGUUCCUAUGGAUAAAGUAUAGAAGAGGUAAAAGAGAUUCUCAACAAGCUGAUUCAUUGACUAUGGCAACAACAGAAAGAAUUUCAUAUUAUGAACUGCUCCAAGCAACUGAGUCGCUUAGCGAGAGUAAUCUGAUUGGUUCUGGAAGUUUUGGCUCUGUCUACAAAGGCGUUCUCAGAAGUGGAACUCAUAUUGCAGUUAAAGUGUUCAAUCUGCAACUGGAAGCGGCAUUCAAGAGUUUUGAUACAGAAUGUGAAGUUUUGCGCAGCCUUCGCCAUAGGAAUCUCGUAAAAGUCAUCACUAGUUGUUCCAACCUUGAUUUUAAGGCUUUAGUGCUCGAGUAUAUGCCUAAUGGAAGCCUUGACAAGUAUUUGUAUUCCCACAACUACUUCCUAGACAUUAGGCAGAGACUUAGCAUUAUGAUAGAUGUAGCAUGCGCGUUGGAAUAUCUUCAUCAUGGAUGCUCCUCUCCAGUGAUCCAUUGUGACCUGAAGCCUAGUAACGUAUUGCUGGAUGAGGAUAUGGUUGCCCACCUAAGCGACUUUGGGAUUUCAAAACUGCUUGGUGAAGAUGAGAGUGAUUUAUACACAAAAACCUUAACAACAUUUGGUUAUAUUGCACCGGAGUAUGGACUGGAUGGACUGGUGUCAAUAAAAUGUGAUGUCUAUAGUUACGGGAUCAUGUUGCUGGAGACGUUUACUAGGAGAAAGCCUAAUGAGUUUGAGGGAGAUCUUAGCUUGAAGCAAUGGGUGAGUUAUUCAUUCCCAGAGGCAGUAAUGGAUGUUGUAGAUGUCAACUUGAUAACACCAAUGGAUCAUCGCUUACAGAAGGAGUUAGAUAUCGUGGCAUCAAUCAUGGAAGUGGCAUUAGAUUGUUGUGCUGAAUCUCCGACAACAAGGACAAACAUGAAAGAUGUUGUUGGGAUGCUACAGAAGAUCAUGAUUCAACUUCUUGCAUGCUGAGCAACGUUCUCGGAAUCUCUUAUUUGCUGCAAAUGUUUACUAAAUUGUUAGAUUCAUGUAAGCAUUGUUGUUUUUUGUUAAUUUUGUUUUAGCACUUGAUUUCUGCAUGAUUCUGUUUAGGAAAACCGGUUGGUUUCAAUAAAUCUCACAAUUUCCCCUCCACA